GGCCAGCCAGCACUGUUCUCUUUUCAGAUGCUCUCUGCUACGCUCAGCUUUGACAUACAGCUUUGACAGGAAUUCUGCAUUUGGGACUAUCAUUCACACCUUGUUCCCACACCACCUUGAAGAGAGAAGAAUGAGCUGUACAGAGGGUCUGAGGGCCAGCUCCUCUCAGUUUACUCUGGGUGGAAAGCCUUUCCGCAUCCUUGGAGGCUCAGUCCAUUACUUCCGCGUCCCCCAAGCCUACUGGAAGGACCGGCUGAUGAAGAUGAAGGCCUGUGGCCUCAAUACUCUCACAACAUAUGUGCCUUGGAACCUUCAUGAGCCCGAGAGAGGCACAUUCAACUUCCAGGGACAGUUGGACCUCAGGGCCUAUGUCGGUUUAGCAGCAGAGAUGGAUCUCUGGGUCAUCCUGCGGCCCGGACCUUACAUUUGUGCUGAAUGGGAUUUGGGUGGCUUGCCGAGCUGGCUGUUGCAAGAUGAAGACAUGCAGCUGAGAACAACUCAUCCUCAAUUUGUAGAUGCAGUUAACCUCUACUUUGACAAGCUUGUCUCAGUCAUUAAACCACUGAUGUUUGAAGAAGGAGGCCCAAUCCUUGCAGUGCAAAUUGAGAACGAGUAUGGAUCAUAUGCAAAAGAUGAGAAAUACUUACCCUUUAUAAAAAACUGUCUCCAGUCCAGGGGGAUCAAUGAGCUACUGAUGACUUCAGAUAACUGGGAGGGCUUGAGAUAUGGAGGAGUUGAGGGAGUUUUAAAAACAAUAAAUCUUCAGAGACUGUCCUUUGGAGCGAUUCAACACUUGGCUGAUAUGCAACCCCAGAAACCUCUGAUGGUGAUGGAGUAUUGGUCUGGGUGGUUUGAUGUCUGGGGAGAGCAUCACCAUGUGUUCCAUGCUGAGGACAUGCUGGCUGUGGUGUCAGAAAUCCUGGAGAGAGGUGUUUCCAUCAAUCUCUACAUGUUUCAUGGGGGAACCAGCUUUGGCUUCAUGAAUGGUGCGAUCGACUUUGGUGCAUACAAACCUCAGGUCACCAGUUAUGAUUAUGAUGCUCCUUUAUCUGAGGCUGGUGACUGCACCCUAAAAUAUCAACUCUUGAGGAAUUUAUUCAGCCAGUACCACUCUGGAACCCUUCCAGAAGUGCCAUCUCCUCAAGGAAGGCGAGCAUAUGACCCUGUUGUCAUCCAGCAGCACCUGUCACUGUGGGACAGCCUGCACCUCAUUGACAAGCCAUGCAGGUCAGAGUUGCCGGUGAACAUGGAGAAUCUACCUGUCAAUAACAACAAUGGUCAAUCAUAUGGUUACACACUGUAUGAAACCACCAUCAGCAGUGGAGGAACCCUGAACUCCAGGAACAACAUCAGAGACAGAGCACUGGUUUUUGUGGACAGACAGUACUGUGGUAUUUUGGACUACAAGACUCACGAGCUGACACUACCUGACGCAAAGGGAGAAAAGGUGAUGAGUUUGCUUGUGGAGAACUGUGGAAGGGUGAACUAUGGGAAAGCCAUCAAUGAACAGCGCAAAGGAAUUGUAGGAGACAUUCUGUUGAAUCAUGUCCCCUUAAGAGGAUUUACCAUCUUCUGCUUAGACAUGAAGCCAGGCUUUAUUAAAAGAUUAAUUCAGUCUGGUCAUUGGAAGUCUGACUCCCAGUCGUCCUCCGUUCCAGGAUUUUUCCAGGCCAGUCUUCAUGUGAAUGGGCCUCCCACAGACACCUUCCUCAGGCUACAUGGCUGGGGUAAAGGAGUUGUGUUUGUCAAUGGGCAGAACCUUGGACGUCACUGGUUCAUUGGUCCUCAGCAUUUCCUUUACCUCCCAGGACCUUGGCUCAGAACUGGAGAAAAUCUGAUCAUUGUUUUUGAGGAACAAACAGCGGACGAAAAACUACUGUUUGCUGAAAACCCUGACCAUGGAAAGACAACUGAUGUUUACAAACUCCCCUUCUGCACACUGUUGUGAAAAUAAAUGUAUCAACAACAAAUAACUCAAGAGACAAAUAACAAAU